AUGGCUGUGGUGCUGCUUCUCCUUCAGCACACCUCCGCGUGCCAGGAGCUCACCUGUUUCGCGGACUACAUCCAGCGACUGGAAUGCACAUGGGGAGGUGGCCUCAGCCCAGCUCACAGGGCCCAGUACAACCUCACCGCACAGUGGAACUGUGGAGAUGGUGGGAGCUGCUCCUUCAACCUCACUGCCAGCAAUGCCACCCACGCACGCUAUGCCUGCUUCUCCGAGCAGAAGCUCUGCUUUGCCACCAACACUUUUCAGGUCAGCAUCGCCACAACUCCUGCGGAGGAACCUUUGCGGCUGCCCCGAGAUUGCAACAGGAAGUUCCUGUUCCAGAAUCACAUUAAGCCAUAUCCGCCAAUCCACCUGGCCGCAGCUGCCUCGUCUGCCGGCUACACCCUUUCUUGGGAGACCAAGUACCUGGACCCUGAGUACCACUUACUGAGCGACAACCUGCAGUAUGAGUUGUGGUACAAGGAAAAAGUCCAGCCCUGGCAGGGGCAGAGCCAGAAAUCCCCCCUGCAGAACCUACACAGUUUACAGCUUCUGCCCCAGGAGUUGGAGCAGGACACCGAGUAUGAGUUCCAGGUGCGCUCAAGGCCGGCCUCUCCUUACCAGGGAACGUGGAGUGACUGGAGCCCCCUUGCCUCCUUCAAGACCACACACAAGGCUUCGGAGCCUGGCGCAGUCCAAUGGCUGGAGGUGUUCUUACUGGUGCUCAGCUCCAUUGUUGCCCUCAUGGCCUUCCUGGGGUGCCACCAGAGGUUGUGGAAGAAGAUGGACUGUUUCACCCCCAGCCCAGCCCCCUUCUUCCAGCCCCUCAAUGGAGACUUCAAGAAAUGGGUGGGCACUCCUUGCUCUAGAACCACCCUCGAUGCCUUUGAAUGGGGCAUAGUUGUCUCAGAGUUGUUUGCCAUUGGACCCAAGCGCCUCCUCCUGAGCUGUGCCGAGGGAGACCGGAAUGAUGGCCGGAAUGGGCAGCCUCCAGUGUCCGCUCCGCUCCUACCAGAACACUUGCAGGCCUUUGCCAAGGGCUGCAAUGCCACCUGGGAGCAGGGCUAUGGCCACCUCUCCAUUGGCACCGUCAUGGUGGCGGAGGAUUUUGCAACCCAUUGCUCCCACUGCAGCAGCGCCCACCCGUGCUGGGCCCUGGAGGAGGAGCUGCAGGAGCAGAUGGAAACCAGCGAGAAGGAUGCCUAUCGCGGCCUGCAGUUCGACAGCAGCAGCAGCAGCCUUGGUCUGGGCUCCGGCUGUUUGCUACUGGGGAACGAGAUGCCCCUGCAGGACUCCUUUCCCUCUGGGCCGGCCUCCUGGACAAGCCACCCCCUCUUUGGCUCUCCCCCAGGGGCCCCGGGGGAAUUCUUUGGUCUUCUGCCUGCCCCCUUGCUCCUUGGCCCCUGCCUCUCUGUCCCAGCCCCCGAGGAAGGCCUCUCCUGCCAGGGGCCGCCCUCUCCCGACUGGGAGGGGGAAAGCGACCCCGUCAACAGCCUGGAUCUGGACACCAUGGACAGUGGCUUCGCAGACUGCGAGUGCAGGAGCCCUGGCGAUGGGGAGCUGGCAGAAAUGCCCUCAGGUUGCAGUUGCCACUCUGAGCCCAGCCCUGUUGUGGGGGAACCUGAAAAAGAGGAGUUUCUCCUGCCAAGAUAUGUCAAGCAGUGGAUUUAGUCCCAUGGCACUGGGCAGGGGUUGAGGGGAGGGGCUCAGUCCAAGAGGAUCCCACACACCUCUGCCAGCCCCUGCAGGAUUUUUCUGCCCUAGAGGCUGGUGAUGAUGCCUCCCCUCCUUUGCCCCAAGCUUUCCUUUUGGGAAGACGUGGCGCUCUCCAGGCAAUGUGGGAACGGAGGGCUUGGGGCAUCAAAGGCAAAUGGGAGGGUGAGUGGAGCUAAGCUCCAAGGAUCCCAGCCUGCACCCGGGGCUGAACUGGGUCAGUCCUGCCUUGGUUCCUCUUCCCGCCUUUAGGCCAAGCUGCAGUCAGGGUGGCCUUUUGCUUCUGCCAAAUCUUUAGUCGAUAGAGAUGUUUAAAGAGGAAGACUGACCUACAAGGAUUAGGGAUCCCUCCCCGUGUGAAUGUCUUGGAUUGAGGCUCGUGCUGUGGGCUCCAGAUUCCCUUCCUGCCCAGACUGAAACUCUCUCAGACUACUCAGAUGGACACCAACCGUCCACUGACUACAA